UUAAAAAUGGUCAAAACAAAGAAGUUAUUAUCAGAGAUUUCUCAGCAAAAGCGUAAUCAGCAGAAUAAGAAAAGCCUGAAUCCAUUUGAAGUGCACAUAAAUAAAGAUAAACAAAAUGUUUUGGGAAAAAGAAGUAAAACAGAUAGAGGACUUCCAGGAAUUUCACGUGCAAAAGCAAUUAAUAAACGUAAAGGAACGCUUCUUCAGGAGUAUAAAUUAAAGAACAAAGAUAAUCUAUUUUUGGAUAAGCGUAUAGGUGAGAAAAAUGUAGCCAUGAACGAAGAAGAGAAGGCAAUAGCUAGAUUUGCAGCAGAACGCGUGAAAGCUCAUAAGAAAAAAAGUAUUUACAAUUUAAAUGACGAGGAAGUAUUAACGCAUAGAGGACAAACCUUAGAAGAAAUUGAAAAAUUUGAUGAUCCAAAAAGCGAUGAUGAGUUCAGUGAAGAUGAAAAUACAACUGGAAAAUUACACGAUAAAUUUGUUGGAGAGGCUCAUUUCGGUGGUGGAAUUUUAUCAAAAUCAGACUCCCAAAAAUCUAGAAAAGAUAUCAUAGAUGAACUUAUAGCUGAAUCAAAGAAACGAAAAGCUGAGAAGCAGAAGAUACGCGAACAAACUAUAGACCUAACAGAAAAACUUGAUUCUGAAUGGAGAGAUCUUCUUCCAAUUAUAUCAACUGCUAAUAAGAAUAUUGAAGAGACAGUUGAAAAAACAAAAGCUGAUGAUUAUGACAUUGCUGUACGCGAAUUGAAAUAUGAAGCCAAAGGUAUGCCAUCAGAUAAAUUGAAAUCUGAAGAUGAAAUAAUAAAAGAGGAGAAGGAGAAGCUAGAGGCUCUUGAAUCAGACCGUUUAGCAAGAAUGAAAGGAUUUGUAAGUGAUUCAAAUAGUGAAAUCAAACACAAAUCUGCGGAUGAUCUUGAUGAUGGUUUUGAAUUAGAAACUGUAGAAGAUGAAACAGUAAAUGAUGAAGUUAAUUCAAACAAAAAUUCAGAAAAGAAUUCAAAUAACGAAGAAGCUAGUGAUAUGAGUGAUACUGAAGAUAACGAUAAUGAUGAUGACAAAGAUAAUAACAGUGAUGCUGAUGAUUCAGUUUCUAAUAAUGAUAAAGAAGAAAUUGUAAAUGAAGAGUCAGAUGCUGUUGAAAUGAAUGGCAUUGUUAAAAAAGAAACAGAUACUGAGAAUUCUGUUGAAAGUGAAUUGGAUGAAAAUUCAAAUGUAGAAAAAUUUGAAAGUUCUGAAGGAGACAAUCUAUCAGACUUAAAAGAGUCAGAAUCUGCUAGCGAAGAUGAAACUGAUACUGAAAUUACCUCAAAAGAGAAAUUAACUCUGAAGUCAGAAAAUGAUACAAAAGUUUUCAAACUGAAUGACCAAACCAGAGAACAAGAGAUUAGAGAUGACCUUUUAAAAAGAAAAGAAAUCAUGGAAAAUGCAAGAAAAGAAUUACCUUAUACCUACAAAAUACCAGAAAGUUUUGAAGAAUUGCAAGAAUUAUUACAUAAUCGUAAUCCUGACUAUCAGUCACUUAUUGUAGAUCGUAUUAUUAAAUGCAACCACUGGUCUCUAGAUAAUAAAAAUAAAGAAAAAUUAUCAAACUUAUUUUUAUUACUAUUACAACACUUAAAUGACUGUGCUGUUGAGGAUGAUGUUGAAAGUGUUAUCAAAUGUUUUCAAAUUAUUGAUAGACUAUCGCCUUUCUUAUACGAUCUUGCACAUGUAGAUCCACAAAAUACUAAAAAUGUUAUGCAGGCAAUAAUUAAAGAAAAGCACGAAGAAUUUGAGAAAAACAAAAAGAGAUAUCCUAGUUUAGACACGCUUAUUUUCUUCAAAUUAGUUUCUUUAAUAUUUCCAACGUCUGACUUUAGACAUCCUGUUACCACUCCUUGUUUAAUAUUUAUGUCUCAAAUAUUAUUCAGAUGUCGUAUUAAAAACAAAGUGGAUGUUUCAAAAGGUCUUUUUAUAUGCACACUUAUUUUGGAGUAUACGGUACUAAGCAAAAGAUUUGCUCCAUCCGUAAUCAAUUUCUUACGUGGAGUAAUAUACGUAUCUACGCCUAAACACCUGAUUCAAGGAAUAAAAAUGAUACCACCGUUUAAAACAGCAGGAGAGUUGAGUAACUUAUUAAUCCUUUACGAGGACAAAACUGAUUUAGAUAUCGAGCCAAAUACCACAUCUAUGAAAGCAAGUGAUUUAACAGACGGAGAGAUGGAUGAUGAAUUUAAGAUAAGAGCUCUUCUAACGGCUGUGAAUUUAUUAAAUGAAUUUAAAAACCAUCUGGAACAACUUGACGCAGUGUAUUCUAUAUUCGAGCCGGUUGUUAAAUUACUCAAGCCGAAUAGCUAUGAUAAGUAUCCGCAAAGUGUGAGGAAGUCUGUUAAACAAUUGCGAAAAGACUUGAAAGCAUUGAAGAAUAAGAAACUAGAAUAUAUUGUGCUUGAAAAGAAGAAGCCAAAACCAUUGAGAUUGUACGAGCCUCGAAUUGAAGCAGUGUAUGACGGUAAGAAACACAGGACCACGUCUAAGGUGAAAGCAGAACGGGAAAAAUUAUUACAUAAAUACAAGAAGGAAAUGAAAGGUGCUAUGCGUGAAAUACGAAGGGACAGGGCUUUCCUGGCGAAACUACAAAUAAAGGAACAAAUUAAAAACGACGAAGAACGAAAACGCAAAGUUAGAGAAAUCUUUGGUGACGCUGCUAUGCAGCAGAAUGAAUUGAAGAAGUUGAAAAGGAAGAAGUAACAAUUGUAGAAUAAGUAUAUCUCCUACACACACUAUCUUAAAUAUUAACAUCUCGUAGAGGAAAUACUAAUAAUUUGGAGUAAAAUAACGCGAAAUCUCAACGACAUUAAGGUAAUCAUAAUCGCUAUAUUAGCGUUUUAUGAGAUUCUUAUAAUUUUCAAAUUUAAUCAAAUGUUUUAGAACUUCAACAUUUCCAGACAAUGAUACAAGCUUCCUUACAUUUUUCAUUCAUCUUUAAUAUAAUGCAGCUUAUAUUUUUAAUAUAAUUGUAUUAUACAGACUACAAUUAUUUUUAGGUAAUAAAAUGUACAUAAACAAUUCGAAUAUAAUAAAUGAUUUGUACAAGU